UACAGUCCCAGCAGUCGUCCAAAGUUCGCGCACGUAAACACUGACCCCGCGACCUGAAACUGACAACAAUAAAAACACAUAAGGAAGGUUUGUCUACGUGCUCUUGUGUUGGUUUUACUGACAAAGCUCGACGUUUUUCCUUGACUGGGAGCUCGAGAUGGCGGCGUCUGCUGUGGACUUCAGCGGGACCUGGAGACACCAACACAGCCAGAACCUGGAAGCGUUCAUGGCGGCUUUGGGUACCCCGCCAAGCUUGCGCACUCGUUCCAAAGGGUUCGAGCCCAAGGUCGACGUCAAGGAACAUAAUGACGAUUGGAUCACGUGGUCCACAACAGCCAAUGGCAGGACGACCACCAACCACUUCAAGCUCGGCAACGAAUUCUACGAGGACACGGGAGAUGGGAAGAAGAGAAAGGUGGUGUAUUUCUGGAACAAUGAUCAGCUGGUGUCUGUGUUCAAAGACUGGGACGGGACCGGCACGCCGCUGACCAUCACGCGCUGGAUGGACGGCCACAAUGUCAUGGCGGAAGUGAAAUUUCGUGACGUCACAUUGAAAAGAAUUUACCGGAAAUCGUGAGCAGCUACAAAGGAAUGGGAAAACAGCAGUAAUAUCAUGUAUGGUCGAGGAACAUUUUAGAGGGCAAUAUUUGAUGUUACCAUGUUUGAAAAAAACAGGCCAACUUUUCAGUGUGCAAUCUACAUGUAUUUCUGUUGUUCUGGGAAGACAGUUACUUACUUGAGUUAGAAUCAUUGAAGAGAGUAGCCGUGAUUUUGACGGACUCUGCACUUGAAAAUCUAUUGCUGUGGCUGUUUGCAUGGGUGUUUGUUUAAGCCUCUUCCACCGGCCUCUCUGUGGGCAUUGGCGAACGUUGUUGGGGUAGAUUUGUGGCGGGAAGGGCGAUUCGAUUUUGAGCCGGGAAGUUUCUUGUGCCGGGAAAGGAAUAUACGCCGGGAAAGCAAUAUAUGCCGGGAGGCGAGUAGUCUACCCGCUGUGCGUGUUUUUUUUUCUUCUUUAAAAAAAAUCUAGCCAGGGUAGAACAUGACACAAUAUGUAUGGAAAAUAUUGAUUAUUAACGUUAAAUGUUAAAACCUCUGCA